AUGCCGUGGAAGGAUAUAUUAACGCUUGCUGUGCAUAUUCAGGAUCAUUCUACCGCAGCUAAAUUGCUGAGUGAAGGCCAGUCCCCAGACGGACGGACGGACGGAUACGAACCAUUACUUCACAAAGCCGUAGGGAAUAACGAUUUAAGGAUGACCAAGCUUCUACUUGAUCACGGAGCGGAAGUAAAUAAACAAGAUAGCAUGUAUCAGACGGCUUUACUUCAAAGCACAUCACCUGACGUAGACAUCGAGAUUUCAAAGACUUUGAUUGAGGCUGGGGGAGUAAUCAAUAUAAAAGACAUGUAUGAACGAACACCCCUGCAUUAUUUAUCAUUCUAUCCACAAGAAGAAAAAAUUACUCAUUUUCUACAUACACCAAGCAGUGAGUUGCUUAAUGCUGUGGAUUACUUCGGAAACACUGCGCUACAUCUAUGCACGACACCAGAUCAAAGACAUGAAACUGGCGGUCUUUUAGUGAUGGAAAAGUUGCUAACGGCUGGAGCCGAUCCUAACAUACAGGAUAAGAGAGGUAAAAGUUCGUUACAUCAUGUGUCGACUCAUAAUGAACCCAAAAUAGAACUGUUUAUAUCAAAGACUAAAGAUAUCAACUAUCUGUUGCCGGAUUCAGAAGGCGAAAACUUUAUGCACAACCUUAUUGCCAAUCCAUCACUUAUGCAGUCGUAUCUUAUCAAUUUGUUAGAAUCACCACUUAUUCCUGAACCUGUUUGGAAAGCUCUCCUCAACAGCAGAAAUAUCUACGGAUUAUCGCCUUUUUCUUCGUUUUUUGGAGCAUUUAUUUGCAAUGAAAAUAUUGUUCGAAAAAUGAUUGAAUUAGGCGCAGAUGUGAAUGGACCUGAUGGAGUAGAUGUUACGCCAUUGAUGAAAUCUUCCACUUUCAGUUUGGAUGUGGUGGAAACAUUAAUCGAAUAUGACGCUAAUCCAAAUGCACAGGAUAUUGCGGGAGGAACUGCUCUUCAUCUGGCCAUGAAUUCUGAGAUCGUGUUAUUACUUAUUGACGCUGGAUCCAGCAUCAAUCUUUGUGAUAAAUGGGGCUGCUCUCCAUUGCAACAAAGCUUUCCCUGUGAUCAGGAUUUGCUCGCAGAAACAGAUGUACAGACAACACUCACAAUACAGGGUUCUGAUAUUAACCACAAAGAUAUAUAUGGUGCAACAGCAUUGCAUCAUGCAGCGUGCAGUAGUUCUGAUCUAACUUCAAUGCUUUUGAAAAUGGGUGCUGAUAAACGCAUCAAAGACAAAAGUGGACGAACACCAUUGGAUGUUGCUUGUCUUCUUGGCAACUGGGAAGUAGAGAAUAUUCUUCGGGCGAACAAAUCAAUCUCCCCAUCGGAUGAAAAACUGUUGACAUACCCCGAAGACAUAACAGGAGAAAAUUUGCAGAAGUGUUUGCAAAAUUUGGAACUCGUCAAAGCUGUUGAGAAAGCAUGCGACAACUUACUACAAGAGGGAGGGAUUUUCAACGACUUCCACACCGCAAACGAGAAUAUAAGAAUUGGAGUAAAUGACUUAAUGGACGACAUCGCCAAGAAGAUGGGUGAACAGGAUGAACAUUUCUCCAUACAAAUUUACACAAGCGGAAGUUCAUCUGAAGGAACUAAAGCCGGUUUAUACAAUGAAUUUGAUUUCGUAUUCUGUUUACCUUUCUUUGCAGAUCUUUGUGAGAUUGUUGAAGAAAGAUCGGAUGCUUUCACUGGACUUGCACGCUUAAGGUGCAAGGACCUGUUACCUCCAAGGGUUGUGAGUCACUUAUUCGACGACGAAGGCUUCCUGUUAUCACAUGAGCUUAGGAAAACGUGCGAUUCAUUAAUAAGAAGAGUAAUACUAAACAGAGACAUUUGGAAACGAGAUAACGUCAAGAUGGGCUCUUUAGCCACGUCUUUUAAGACCAAUGACACAGAGAAACCAGUAAGCAACUUCACGAUAUCAUGGAUCGAUGAGUUGCAUAAAAACCUUGGUAUCAGCAUUGACGUUGCUUUUGGAAUCCACAAGGCAGGAUGGUGGCCACACGGUGUCAGCACAGAAACGAUCGCCCAGAUGACAGAUGAGGUAACACCUUUCGGUUGUCUUCUUCUUGUUCAGGUGCCGGGGCAUAUGAGAUGGAUAGGACAACACUUUCGCAUAUCCUGUUCUCUCAUGGAGAGCCGUAUGAUGGUACAGCUCUCGCAAGAUAUCAAAAACAGCUAUAAACUUGCUAAAAUUCUGAAGGAUGAUCUUUGUCCAGGAAUUGAUUUUGGAGACGAUGAGGAUGGAUCGCCGUCGAUUGCUUCAUCGGCAUCCGAUGUGAUCAGUUCUUAUAUGUUGAAGAACUGUUUAUUCCAUGUUAUAACCAAUACCAGUUCUGCUUCUUUUUCUCAGUCAAAUAAAAAUAAACUGACCAGAAGAUGUAUUAUACAUAACACAGCAGAGAUAUACAGAUGCUUGAUGAGAGCUGCUACUGAGCAAUCACUGCCCUGUCAUUUCCUUCCGAAAGUUGAUAUUUUCAGAUAUCAAAUAGUAAAUAUUGAAGGCUUUGAAGACAACUCUGAUGAUGUCUUAUUGUCCCUUAAACAGAACACCAAUGAAAUUGCAUCUUAUUGCAAAGUAAUUCUCGGAUGUCUUGGCAUUGCUAACUUCUAG